AUGUCGGAGGCAAUCAUCUUAGGAGCAAUACGAAAACUGGAGACUGUUCUCGUUGAGAAUCCGACUAUAAACACACAUCACGAGUGGGUCCUGAAAGAGAUAAUAAGUGAGUUGAGAACGAUGUUGGCUUUCUUGAAAGACGAGGAAUCACGUGAAAGGACUAGGCUGAGUUAUUUGCUUGCUGACUUUGCCGAGAUGGCUCAAGUUAUCGCGGACCUCACUAGAGACUUUGGUCAUUACUUUUACUAUUUUGAAGACAAAAAAUCCCUGGACUUGCUGAGGAAGAUGAAAAUGCGGAUGAUGGAGUUUGGAGUUGGUGAGGCGGUGAGUGGUUCACAAAGUGCGGGAGAAGAAGGUGUCGUGGUGGGCUUGGAGAAAGACGUGCAGCAGCUUAUUGGUAGAGUGAUUCUUAAUGAGAACACGGGCCUUGUGACCUCGUGUAUCAAAGGCAUGCUUGGUGUGGGAAAGACAGCUCUUGCGAGACAAGUGUACAAUCAUCCGGCCAUCGUUGGAAAAUUCAAGCACCGCGCUUGGAUAAGCAUUUCUAGUUACACAAGUGUAAAGGAAGUGCUGGUGGAACUGAUACAGCAGUUGGUGGAACUUGAUGGAGAUUCGUUGUUGGCGGAGGAAAUGGACAACCGGAGCCUGCAAAAGAUGCUUCUCCAACACCUGCAAGGAAAGACAUAUUUCAUAGUUCUCGACAACUUGCUGCCAGAAAUGCGCUUGCAAUCCAUCUUGGAUGGACUUCCGGACAAAGGUCAUGGAAGUAGGUUGUUGUUCACAAGUCGCUAUCAGAUUAGAACAGCGUACGUCUACUAUACUCAUGAGAUGAAAGUUUUGGAUUCUGAUAAGAGCUGGAAAUUGUUUUUGAAAACAAUUGACAAAUUUACAAGUGUUGAGAACAACUUCUCAAAGGAGUUGGAGAGGAAGGGUAAAGAGAUGUUGAAGAAGUGUGGGGGUUUGCCUAUAGCUAUAAUAGAUGUUGCAAGGCAGAAAGCAAAGCAAAGACUUUCAGGGAUUGAAUGGGAAGAACUUUUUGAUUCAGUCGAUUUGAGUGAAUCGUUGAAGUUAUUGGAACCGAUGUAUAAUAGCUUGGAUGAACAACUCAAGUCGUGUUUCUUGCACAUGUCUCUUUUUAAAGAGAAUGCAAUAAUGAGGAACGAAAAGUUGGAACAGAUUUGGGCUAUAAGUGGUUUAGACACACGAAGCGAUGUGACUAUUAC